CGUCGCUAGGCUACUCCUUACCUAACGUAGCAGGCGUAAAGGCUACUCCGAACAGCUCAAAGGAGUGACUAAAUGUGCCAUUUGGCAAGUGUAGGCUAUAGCACGUGCAGCUUGACUACUGCAUUUGGAACUCAAUUAGGGUGUGUGUGUUUUUUAUUGCGCAAGUGCGCACUUGAUGUUGGUCUGUAGACACUCCAUUUAUCUUCGAUUCAGAUUCAACUGUAGUUGCAUCACAUUGGCUACUUUAGACAAGACACCAAUAGCUUCGUAAGGAAAUCAUCGUUUGAAAUGCCAUGCGAAAUUGCAUCCAAGCAUCUCAGCAGUUGUUAUUUACGCUACAUAACAGGAUUUUACAAAAUAUAUUGGCAAAUUCCAAUAAAUUAAAACGCAGCAAGAACUCAAUUAAUCAUGUCUUGAAUAGAUAUUGCUUUGUAAAGAAUAUUUCGAUAAAUCUACAAAACACAGUUGAUCAAGAAAGGCACACUUUCGACAAAAAAAACCCAUCACUCACCUCUCUUCUCUCUCUUGCGUUCUCUUGCAUAUUUCUCACCCCCAGCCCUCGUUGCUGUGGCUUAUUCACUUCGGUGUGUCACCCACGCAUUGCUCCGACUCCAUCUCCAGAAGGGGGAAGGGGUGGGGGCUGCUGGGUAUAUGCGUUUGUGACGAAUCCCAGGGCUUCAAAGACUGAAACCAGGUCCAGCACCCGGACCGCAGACACACCGGCAAGGACACUCCAAACUGGGAUGAACGAUGGGUGCUGCCUAAACGCGCGCACUGGAAUCAAGACAGAACACCAGGAACUAUCCUGAUUUUACGCUUUCUUAGACCUUCACUUCACCUGGCGCCUGUGUCGAUCGAAGCCAGCGAAAUUGGAGAAUAGCUUGAUUACAAGGCUUCUACAAUAAAUUGGGAUUUAAAAAUAUAGAUUUUAAGAGCAUCUCUUCAGAAACAAGGGGACCUUUGAAUUUGGAUCGACAUACUGUUAAAAGCUACAUGGACUGGAUUUGUAUUCAUUUUACUCAUAUGAACUUUGGAAUAAGGCAGUUUUGAAUUGCAGGUCUUCUCAGACCUGUUCAUUUCAUCAAAAUAUCUACAUUAGGCUAUACAUCGGCUACGCGCUCUUGAAAUAAUAAGUACAACGAACUUAUUUGAAUCAAGCUUGUGGAAUUGUUGAUUGUCUCUCGAAAGUAUUGGAGCUUGGAACACGGAAGAUAUGCUUCAAUGGAACUGUUAACUUUUUCAAGAAAUCCCAGAUGGAGGUUUCCCGGUAUCAGGAGGGAAUAACCAGGAAAUCCGAAAUCCUACAACCAGGAUCUCUUGGAAACUGACGUUUUUGAAAGUUCCAGGAAUUUUGCAACCCUAAAAGUUCUCCUGAACGUCUGGAUCGACUGACACACACAAUCAUGGACAGAUCACUGGACCUCUGAGUGCAAUCUUCCUCCUUCCUUCUCCUCCUCUUCCUCCUCCUCCUCCUCCUUCCUCCUCCUCCUCCUCCUCCUCCUCCUCUUUCUUCCUCCUUUUCCUCCUUCUCCUCUUCCCCUUGAAGGUCCCACCUGGUUGCCAGAAAAUCAGUGAGACAGAAAGACAGAUCGACAAGAGGUUACAAAAAAACCGAGGUUCCAACAAACCCCUCUGGUCUUUUAAUUCAUUUGGUAACCAUGACGACCACUCUUUUUACCUCCUUAUCUGGGCACCUGGUGAACCUCCAAGUCCCCCUGCCAUCAUCGUUGAUGCUUCUGCUGCUGAUACAACUGUUUAGUCGGUGCCCGGCUGCUCCCUCAGGGCCUGAGUCAGACACCUGCUCCACUCUGAUCCAGAGCCGAUUCUUCGGCCACUUCCUGUCCUCCUCCACUUUCCCCACGGCACCCUGCUCCUGGACCCUGCAGAACCCAGACCCGCGCCGCUACACCAUCUUUAUCAAGGUAACCAAACCUACCUCCACAACGGACUGCAUUCCCCGGCAGCUCCGCAUAUUCCAGUUUGACUCGUUUCUGGAGACCACGCGCACCUACCUGGGCAUGGAGAGCUUCGACGAGGUGGUCAAGCUGUGUGACUCUUCAUCACCUGUGGCCUUUCUAGAGGCUGGGAAGCAGUUCCUACAAAUGAGAAAAGGGCCGCCUCGGGCCGGCAUGGAGGUCACCACCCCUAACGCUAGCGAAAAUGGGGAAUUUAAGACAGAAUACCUGGUGGUGGGGAAGCGUAACCCCAGCAUGGCAGCAUGUCAGAUGCUGUGCCAGUGGCUGGAGGACUGCCUGGCAUCCAGCACCUCUAACAGGCCCUGUGGCAUCAUGCAGACCCCCUGCCAGUGCUGGGAGCCCCCUCCUCCUCCACAGCUCAGCGAAGGGGAUGGAUGCUACAGGAACGGGUUCUACCUGGAGAACUGCCUACCCAGCUCCAAUGAGAAGAGUGAUACUGACAGCAACGGUGGCUGGAGUGUGUGGGCGGAGUGGGCGGAGUGCAGCAGUGACUGUGGUGGUGGCGUUCAGACCCGGAGCCGUACCUGUCAAUCUCCCCCAGAGGAGACAUACCUGUGUGAGGGAGUAGUGGAGGAGGGAAGGCCCUGUAACCCUCAGCCCUGCAGUGGCAAAGGCCGUCAUCUCUCUCGCAGCCAAUCACUUCGCUCCGUGGACAGCCGCAAGCGCGAUGGCGGCGGUGGCGAGGUAGACAAGACGCGGGGCGGUGGCGGCGGACAGCAGGCCCCACAGACAGUGGACCAGGCUGUGUCAGGUGAGGAGUGGUCGUCGUGGAGUGUGUGUUCGGCCACGUGCGGUGAGGGCUGGCAGAGCCGCACGCGUUUCUGUGUCUCCUCCUCCUACAGCACCCAGUGCAGCGGCACGCUCCGAGAGCAGAGGCCCUGCAACAACUCUGCCGUCUGUCCAGCCGCUCUGAUUGCAGUGCACGGGACUUGGGACGAGUGGUCGCCAUGGAGCUUGUGUUCGUCAACCUGCGGCCGUGGUUACCGGGAUCGCACCCGAAGCUGCAAGCCCCCUCAGUUUGGGGGAGACCCCUGUAUGGGGCCGGAGAAACAGACCAAGUUCUGCAACAUCGCUGUCUGCCCAGUUGAUGGAGUGUGGAAUGAGUGGGCUAAUUGGGGUUCAUGCUCUGCGUCCUGCUCCAACGGGACCAUGCAGCGGAUCAGGGAGUGUAACGGACCUUCGUACGGAGGAUCAGAGUGUCGCGGGGAGUGGAUAGAGACCAGAGACUGCUUCCUACGGGAGUGCCCAGUGGAGGGGAAGUGGCAUCCUUGGACGUCGUGGGUGGGCUGCACCAAGACAUGUGGCGGGGGGAGCCAACAGAGACAGAGGAUUUGCUAUGGGCCCUUCUUUGGGGGUGAAAAUUGUCCUGGAGAUCGAGAGGAGGUGCGACGCUGCAAUGAGAAGAGGUGUCCAGAGCCUCAUGAGAUCUGUGCAGAAGAGAACUUCUCCAACGUAGUGUGGAAAAUGACUCCAGCAGGGGACACAGCGGCCGUACGCUGCCCUCCCAAUGCCAAUGGGCUGAUCCUGAGGCGGUGCACCCUGGAUGAUGAGGGAAUAGCCUACUGGGAGAACCCCACUUAUAUGAAGUGUAUCUCCAACGACUACCGCAGCAUCCAAACACUGACUCGGGAACACCUGUCCAAAGCCCAGCGAGGGCUUGUGGGGGAUGGAGUUUCAGAGGUGAUGACCAAGCUCAGGGUGACGUCCAGCGAUGGGACCAGCUACAGUGGAGACCUGCUGGCCAUAGUGGACGUACUGAAGAACAUGACAGAGAUCUUCAGAAGGGCCUACAACAGCCCCAGCAAUGCAGACAUGAGAAACUUUGUCCAGUCAGUCAGUAACCUGCUGAUGGAGGAGAACAGAGAGAGAUGGGAAGAAGCACAACUGUUGGGUCCUAACAUCAAGGAGCUGUUCCGGUUGGUGGAAGACUUUGUGGACGUCUACGGUCUUAGGAUGAAAGACUUCCAGGACAUGGUCGAGGUCACGGAUAACUUAGUUCUGUCCAUCCACAAGCGUCCGGUGGCGGGUAAUGCAGACAUCAGCUUCCCUAUGAAGGGCUGGAAGGGGAUGAUGGACUGGGCCCGCAGCUCUGAGGACAGAGUUACUGUCUCCAAGAACAUCCUCUCCACAGGAAAGCCAGAUGCAGAUGACUUGUCAGCGUUUGUCACCGGGAUCGUUCUCUACAGAAACCUGGGCAGCAUCCUAUCUCUACAGAGAAACAGCACUGUGCUCAACUCCAAGGUGGUGUCUGUGACCAUCAAGCCCACCCCAGGAUCCCUCUCUACCCCGGUGGAGGUCCAGUUCUCACACCUUUACAACGGCACCACAAACCAGACCUGCAUCUCCUGGGACGAGAGUGACAGCUCCUCGCUGCUCGGAUCGUGGUCUGCCAGGGGUUGCAGAGCCGUGCCUGUCGACUCAUUCAGCACCAAAUGCGUGUGUGACAGACUCUCUACCUUCGCCAUUUUAGCACGGCUAAAUCCUGACAUGAACAUGGAUAAAAUGCAGCUUCCCUCUGUGACGCUGAUGGUGGGCUGUGGAGUCUCCUCUCUCACCUUGCUGCUCCUCAUCAUCAUCUAUGUGUCGGUCUGGAGGUACAUUCGCUCCGAGCGCUCCGUCAUCCUCAUCAACUUCUGCCUCUCCAUCAUCUCCUCCAACGCCCUCAUCCUCAUUGGUCAGACGCAGACACGGAACAAGGUGAUCUGCACGCUGGUCGCUGCUUUCCUGCAUUUCUUCUUCCUGUCGUCGUUCUGUUGGGUUCUGACAGAGGCGUGGCAGUCAUACAUGGCCGUCACUGGCCGGCUUAGGAACCGCAUCAUCCGCAAGCGAUUCCUGUGUCUGGGCUGGGGUCUACCGGCUCUGGUUGUGGCAGUCUCUGUGGGUUUCACCAAAGCUAAGGGAUAUGGCACCGUCAACUACUGCUGGCUGUCUCUGGAAGGUGGUCUGCUUUAUGCGUUUGUGGGACCGGCUGCCGCUGUAGUCUUGGUUAACAUGGUUAUCGGGAUUCUCGUAUUUAACAAACUGGUGUCCAAAGACGGCAUUACUGAUAUGAAACUGAAGGAGAGGGCAGGUCAGAUGACAGUACCACUGUACAAUAUGACGCUCAAAUGUGCCAAGUGCGGAGUUAUCUCGUCGGCUGACGUUUCUACCACAGCUACCAGUAACGCCAUGGCGUCGCUGUGGAGCUCCUGUGUGGUUCUGCCUCUCCUGGCCCUCACCUGGAUGUCUGCUGUCCUGGCCAUCACCGACCGACGCUCCUCCCUCUUCCAGAUCUUGUUCGCUGUGUUUGAUUCGCUGGAAGGCUUCGUCAUCGUCAUGGUGCAUUGCAUCCUGCGCAGAGAGGUUCAAGAGGCAGUGAAGUGUCGGGUAGUGGACCGCCAGGAGGACGGGAAUGGAGACUCAGGGGGAUCUUUCCAGAACGGACACGCUCAACUUAUGACUGAUUUCGAGAAAGACGUCGACAUGGCUUGCAGAGGAGGUAAGAGUACCGGCAAAAAAAAGAGUACUCUGAAGCGUUCCUCUCUCCAGGGUGAUGAGAAGCCAUCCUCCCAGCCCCUGACCCUUCAGAAGGGCUCUAACUUCAACACCAUGCCUGCCAGCAUGGCCAAGGUCCACCUCCAGAAUGUGGCAGACUACCCCAGUCAUACCCUCACCCUGCGCAGGGAGAAGGGUGGCACCACCAAGGGCAUCAGCACCGAGCUGCCGGGAGCCAAGUCCAUCUACAUCUGUGACGGGGAGCUCUUUAAACAGCUGGACGGGGAGCUGUCUCCACGAGGGACAGGGGAGGCCGGGGGGCCUGAGGGCACAGGAACAGGCCCGGGACCAGGGUACAUCCUCCUGCCUAACAACAACAACACUGGCACCCUGGGGCGGCCCGGAAAGGGCAGCAAGGAGGACACGACGGCCAAGUACAACAUCAGCAUCGAGCAGCAGAUGCCCCAGACCAGGCUCAUCCACCUGGCCAACUCGGCGGGGGUGGAGGGCGUCCCGGGUUUCGCGCUGAAGAGCCUGCCUGCGGACCUGGUCAGUGUCUCCUGCUCGGAGAGGGAGUCGCCCAUCCACAACAUGCAGAACGUCUCCGGAGAAUCCCACAUGACCAACAGCAUGUGUGAACAGGGUGAUUCUGGGAACUCUGGAAUGAUGUCCAAGAGCGAGACCGUGUCCACGCUCUCCAUGAGCUCCCUGGAGAGACGAAAAUCCCGCUACGCGGAGCUGGAUUUUGAGAAGAUCAUGCACACACGGAAGCGUCACCAGGACAUGUUCCAGGACCUGAACAGGAAGAUCCACAGUGCAGACCAGGACAGGGCGUCUCCGCCUGGCGAUGGGAAGGCAGGGAAGAGGUGGAGUGUGUCCUCAGCAGGGAGCGACAAGACCAUCAUGAGCGACAAGCAGCAGACACCCAGUAAGAGAGCCUGGGAGGGCAUCAGGAAGACCCAAUCUCCCCCAUCAUGGAUGAGGAAGGACCUGGAGCCCUUGGCGGCCUCUCCCCUGGAGCUGCAGAACGUGGAGUGGGAGAAGGCCAGCGCCACCAUCCCUCUGGUGGGACAGGAGAUCAUGGACCUGCAGACAGAGGUGUGAGACUGAGACAGACCGAGAGAGAGACAGAGAGCAGCCAACCCCAUCCCCCAGCCCAGCUCUCAGACAGACACCUUCCCUUCCCACUGCUCCACAUCUCAAUCUCACUCUGGGAACCAACGACCAAUGAGAGAGAGAGAGAGAGAGAGAGAGAGAGAGAGAGAGAGAGAGAGAGAGAGAGAGAGAGA